CCAUUACUUCUCAUUGGCCGCACUUACAGAAGAGGAAAGAAAUAUAAUUUUCUCUCUCUACUCACUGCCACCUACACCACCACCGCCACUACCAUCUGGAUCUCCACAGAGAGAUAACAAAAUUUAUUGAGAGACAAAAGGUAACACAUACAUAUAUAUUUGUGUAUAUACCAAGUUUAUUUAUAGAGAGAGAAAGAUGAUACAAAAGAGUGGCUUUUGCUCUUGUUAUUUUCUCUCGAAUUCAAAGCUGAUAUAUUCUCUGUUUCAGUUGUUUGUUUGUUAGUUUUUAAUUUUUAUACUGAGUGACUAUGCUUCAAUAUCGCACAUAUAUACAUACAUAUGCAUGUAAGUAUAUAUAUAUAUAAACAGAGCUCAAAUGUUGUUUUAUUAGGGUUUCUGAUGAAGAAUUAAGUAGGAACUUUCUUUCUCCGUCCUCUUUGUUCUCUGUUUUGUGUGCUGAAGCUUAUUUCAGGUAGCUGAGGAUUGACCGAUGAAAUUAGGUAAUGAUUUAUUGUUUCGGUUUGAUCCAUUGGAAGUUUUUGAUUUAUUCAUCUUUGAAUGCUUUUAGAUUGAAGGAAUCCAACGAAGGGUUGUGAGAUUCGAAAAUUGUUAGGGUUUUGUAUCGGUUUUCGAUUUGAUCUGGUCGAAAAACGAAGAGUCUUUGCCUUCUUUGAAAUCGUACAGUAAUAGCAUUGAUACUCGUGGAUUUAGAUCUUUAGAUUAAUCAUGAACUCCAGCUUGAUGCGUUAUCAGUCGGCACCGAGUUCGUAUUUUGCGAAUUUGGUGAACAGUAGUGGUGGUGGAGGAGAUGAUUGUACUGAUUUUCUGAACACCCAUGAGCCUUCGAGUCCUGAAACAGAGAGAUUUCUGUCGAGAUUUAUAGCUCGUGGUGAUACAGAGCACAAUUUGGAUGAGAUUCAACAGAAUUCUUCGGUUAACGAAGCUGAAAAAUCUCAGUUUUUGGCGUCGGUGAUGGAGGAACCAGAGGAGGUUCAUCAUCAUCAACAUCAGAUGAUUUUUCAAAGCCAAUCUCAACCACCCUUGCCCAAUCAUAGCUCAGCAACCUCUGUUCCUGCCGGUGAUGACUCGUAUGGAGUGGCUAGUUCGAUUCCGAUGAAUCGUUUGUCUCAGAUGAAGAUGGGUGGUGGCAACAAUUCGAAUUUGAUUCGACAUAGCAGUUCUCCUGCCGGAUUAUUCUCCCACAUAAAUGUUGAAAAUGGCUAUGGUGUUGUGAGAGGCAUGAGAAAUUUUGGAUCCGGAAAUGGUGCUAACGCGGAAGGGUCAUUUUCCCCUGCAAGCAGGUUGAAGGGCCAAAUGGAUUUGUCAUCCGGGCCAUCUUCUUCUUCGGGGCUAAUGAGUCAUAUUGCUGAAAUUGGGACCAAAGACAUAGGAGGUAGUAGCCCUGAAGAUGGAAGUUUCAGGGAAGGUCGUAGAAACAAUGGUGGGUACAUCACAGGUUUUCCGAUUAGUUCUUGGGAUGAUUCUGCGAUCUUGUCUGAUAAUUAUCUAAAGAGACUUGGAAAUGAUGACAAUAAGACAUUUUCUAGUUUAAAUACAUCCGAAAAUCAGAAUGUAGAAGUUGGGAAUCGCCCUCCCCUAUUGUCCCACCACUUGAGCUUGCCAAAAAGUUCCACGGAGCUGGACAACUUGUUGCAGUUCCAAGAUUCUGUACCUUACAAGAUUCGAGCCAAGCGGGGUUGUGCAACUCACCCACGAAGUAUUGCCGAAAGGGUGAGAAGAACCCGAAUCAGCGAAAGAAUGAGGAAAUUGCAAGAGCUUGUCCCAAACAUGGACAAGCAAACAAACACAUCAGACAUGUUGGAUUUGGCUGUUGAUUACAUUAAAGAACUUCAACAAGAAGUCAAGUGUCUUUCUGAUAAACGAGACAAGUGUACGUGUUCCAAUAAGCAGAAGCUAUAACUCAAAAAAAGCGUAAACCGGACUCGCUUCUGUACAGAAUAUAAGGAGAAGGGGCUGUUGGGAGAGAAGAUGGAAGAAGAAAAAGGGUUCUUUUAGGCUCUGGGAAAUAUGUAUGUAGAAAACUGAUAGUCUAUGUAUUAUGUGAAGUAGAGGUAGAAGAAAAUCUACUAAUUAAUGUGGAAGUGUAAGAUUCGGACCCAGACCUAUUGAUGGUACAAAUGAAAGCUAACUGUAUGUUUAAUUA